UUAUCAAAAUAUUAUCAUAGGCUAAGAUAUACGUAAUAUUCACGAGCUAAGGUACUUUGUAAUAAUAUGACAAGACGUCAUGGGUAAUAUUAAAGUGAAUCUAUAAAUGGAUGGGUAUCUAUUAAAUAAAAGUUAACACGGAAAAAUGGUAACACUGAACAAUGUUGUUUUAUUGGGACGAGUAAAAUUUGUAUUCACGUUUCACAAACAUAGCAAACGGAUGAAGUUUGUGGGCUUUAAAAUGAUUUUUAUAAUCGCAUUGUCUUUAAUGAGAUCGUUUGUUAAUUCGGAAGAAACUAGCGAUUUCAAACUACAUACUAAUUUCAAACCUGUCAGCUAUGAACUGAACGUGACCACGCACUUGGAGGAUAAAUUCAUGUUUGAAGGAGUAGUUUGUAUUCGUAUGACAUGCGUAGGAGCUACCGAUACCAUAGUGUUGCAUUCGACCAGUUUGAACAUCGAUACCAAAAGUGUUGUUGUAGCCAACUGUGGUGAAAAUGUCAUCCCAGUGAACAGUGUGUCUUUUGAUACGGAUAAAGAACUUAUGCAAGUCAAGUCAACCGUAAACUUUAAGCCCUGUGAUGAAUACUUGCUGACUAUACCAUUUACCGGAAACCUCACCGACGAUUUAGUAGGUUACUAUAGAAGUAGCUACGUAGACAAGGAAAGCAAUCAAACGAGAUGGUUAGCUACAACAAAUUUCGAGCCAUUGGACGCACGAAGAGCUUUUCCCUGUUUUGACGAGCCUGAGUAUAAAGCCACCUUCAAGAUAAAGUUGAGUCACAAAAAAGGAUUGACUUCGAUAAGUAAUAUGAAAUUUAUGAAUCAAAUAAACUGCCCUUCGAAUGCAGAUUAUGUUGUCGACGAAUUCGAAGAAUCUCCACCGAUGUCUACUUAUUUAGUAGCAUACAUGGUGUCAGAUUUCGUAUACACUGAAGCAAAUAGUGAAAAUGACCAAGUGAAGUACCGUAUUAUAUGCAAGAAGGACUUAGCCAAUCAAACAGAAUUUGCCAUUAACUUAGGACCGAAGGCCCUGAAAUACUACGAGGAUUAUUUCGAUGAAAAAUUCCCGCUGCACAAACAAGACAUCGCGGCCAUACCCGAUUUUUCUACAGGUGCUAUGGAGAAUUGGGGUCUCGUCACAUUUCUGUACGUAAAAUUAAAAUGUGUUAACACCAGUAGAAUAUAAUACUAUAAUAUUGAAGUGAGUCGUAUUUUACAGUUAUCAAUACUGUAUGAUAUUAUAUUAUUAUAUAUAAUAUAAUUAUUAUUCAUUAUACUAAAUCGAAAAUGUCUGUAAAUCGAAUUUCUAGUUUUAAUUUAGGAUACAUCUCCACGAAUAUAGUUUACAUUUAUAUUCGACUGUAGCUUAAAGGAUUCUUAAAUAAAUAUUUUCAGCAUAUGGUUAUUAUGUACACAGAAUAUUGGGAUUAUAAUAUUAUGUAUAUUAAUACAGCAGUACACAUGGGUUGUUUUGUAUCAAGUAGGUACUUGAACGACUGCCAACGAGCACCACGUAUCUCAAUAUUAAAUAUUUAGUAUAAUUUUAGGACUAUUCAUGGUCAAUCACAUAAUAUUCUGAUUUGGUAAAUAUCUAAUAUAUUAUUAUCGUGUCUCCUAACACCACGGUUGACGAUCUGACGGUUGACAUACAGUGCGUUCAACGAUUAAGAUACAAAAGAAUAUUCCGAACACAUGACCUCAAAUUUCAAUUAGGUUUUUCUUACUGCAUAAAGGAUUUAAUAAUACAUCUAUUUUUCUGUGUAUGCGCAGUAUAACAAUUUUUUUUUGAAUCGUAACACCUAAUUUUAGAUUCUGAGCGGAGCGAUGAAUGUAUUGAUUUUACAACGAUGUGUGUUUUUUAUUUCAGAUUCUGAGUGUAUUGAUAUACUCGAUAUUCUUUUAUAUUGAUUAUUUUUUAUUUAAUUGGACAAUAGGGUUUGUCUAGAAAUCCGUCUAUAGUUCUAAUUCUAACACCUAUAGUCGCGCACGUUUCAUUUCUUAUUUUUAAUAAUUGCAUUUCAGUUUAAACUAGUUUAGAGCGGGUAGAUGAACGUAUUGAUAUAUAUAAUCAAUAUAUUGUGAUACAAUGAUGGGUGUUCUAUUUUAGUUUUUCUAUUUUGUUUUAUUUUUUGUGUCUGUGUACGCAAUAAAUAGUCGAAAUAAUGAUUUGAGUUUCAACUUCAGAUGGAAAAAUGAAUCCAAUGGUUUUCAAAAUCGUCGGAAAAA